CGAGCUCUUAGAUGCAUCAAAUAGAAGUAGCAACACAAGGGGAGGAGAGAAACAAGUUCAUAGUUAUAAUAGUCUUUCUGUGACACUUGUAGUUUGAUAAGUAAUGGCGAUAACUCUGAACAGUGGCUUCAAAAUGCCCGUUUUGGGUCUCGGUGUCUGGCGUAUGGACCGCAAAGACAUCAAGAAUCUCCUCCCCACCGCCAUUAAGAUCGGUUACCGUCACUUCGACUGUGCUGCUGACUACAAGAAUGAGUUAGAAGUAGGGGAGGCACUUAAAGAGGCGUUCGAUUUAGAGCUUGUCAAGAGGGAGGAUCUUUUUAUUACUACCAAGCUCUGGAAUUCAGACCAUGGACAUGUCAUUGAGGCCUGCAAGAACAGUCUGAAGAAGCUUCAGCUAGACUAUCUCGAUCUUUACCUCAUUCACUUCCCUAUAGCAUCUAAACACUCUGGAGUUGGAACCACUCGCAGUAUCUUGGACGAGGAAGGUGUGUUGGAGAUUGAUACAACCAUUUCCCUGGAAACCACAUGGCAUGACAUGGAAAAGCUGGUUGACAUGGGCUUAGUGAGAAGCAUAGGAAUCAGCAACUACGAUCUUUACUUAACCAGAGACUGCUUGGCAUAUGCCAAUGUCAAGCCUGCUGUGAACCAGAUCGAGACGCACCCUUACUUCCAACGGGAGUCUCUUGUGAAAUUCUGUCAGAAGAACGGCAUUGCUAUCACGGCGCACACACCGCUCGGUGGUGCACUGGCGAAUACUGAGCGAUUCGGAACUAUUUCGUGCUUGGAUGAUCCGACUCUUAAGAAAUUAGGCGACAAACACAAGAAGUCACCAGCUCAGAUUGUUCUCCGCUGGGGUAUACAGCGCAACACGAUUGUGAUCCCCAAGUCGUCGAAAACAAAACGACUUGAGGAAAAUAUAGACAUUUUCGACUUUGAGCUGAGCAAGGAAGAUAUGGAGCUGAUUCGAAGCAUGGAGCGCAAGUACAGGACUAAUUCGCCUGCUAAAGCUUGGGGAAUCGAUGUUUAUGCUUGAUGCCAGGCCUCAUUCCUCCUUCUAUAUUUAUUUAGAGUCAUCGUUAUGUUUAGUUGGAGCAUGUUCGCGUGUGGAGGGGAUUGUGUGUUGAAUUGUAGUAGUUGUACAAGGCAUGAGAGAGCCUUUAAAUAACCCAUCAUAUGUAAAUGGGAAGUGCAUGUCAUGAUUUGGUUAGUCUGUUGGUUUUCAUAUUUAUUCAACCCCAUCCUUUCUCUUA